AUGGUACCUUCAAUUCUUCAUGGUGAAUCCAGGGUUGAUAAAACAACUAACCCUUCUUACAACUUGAUACCCAUUUCCCAAGACGAUGAGGACCAUGAGAUAUCAUAUAAUUGUGACGAGUUUUGUGGAACACCUUGGCGAAUUGCUAGAACCAUCUUGGGUUUGAUUUCGAUUGUUGUUUUCUUGGCAACUAUUUUCGCAAAUGAAUAUAGUGACACCCCAAUGACACAUACAACCCCACCAAGAUUUUUCCUUCAUUCUUUUUGUGUUGACAAGUUCAAUAUCUCCCAAGGGGAGUUAUCAGCCACAUGGAACGUGGACCUAAACAUCUCCAAUGGGGCAAACUCGUCGUUCAUAAACUUUCUCAACUUGAAGGCCUUUAUGGUGUUCAAGGAAGACAUAGCUCUAGCAGUUAGUACCCCAAUUCAAACAGAAGAUUUAUUAGAUAUACGUGGGGUUUUCUUCAUGGAUAAGAAUGAGAACAAGACCUUGCAUUUGAGUUUUAACACCACGGGGUGGGAGAGGGAUCAACCCGUGGUGGAUGAUGAUGUGAUUCAAGAGAUUGAUCGAGAGAUGAUAACGGGUGUUAUGAGCUUUGGAUUGAGGAUAGAAGUUGAAGCAGAAAUCGAAUUCAAUAUGAUGAACUUGCCCGUGUUCAUGCAACCUUAUUGUCCCAAUUUAGAAGUUGAUUUUGCACCUUUGCGACGAGGUGAGGCAGCAACGUUGGUCGCUAUUGACGAGGUCAGAGAGUGCUUUGACAAUGUGGAUCAAUGGAACAUUGUAGGGUAUUAA